AAUAAAAAAACAGUAAUGCGUUUGUGGUUGAUACAAAUCCUGCACCGCAAAUAUCAUGGGAACGUAAUUUGGAAGCUUAUUGCUACAAUUACUUUGGAAAUGGAAAUGUGCUUCACUACUCUCUCCUCCCCUCUUUCCACUUCUCUUCUCAGUUUUCAGGGCCCUGAAUUGCCCAGAAUCAAGUUUUGUAAGAAAUCUUCACACACCAUUUUGGCAUCACCUACACUGCCUAAACCUUUUCUUCAGAUUUAUGGUAGACCUCACACAUUAGUUUCUGAACGUUCGUCAACCAGACUCUCUUCUGCUUCUGGAACAUAUAAAUUUUCAAUAUCAGCUGAAGCUGGAAGGCAAAAUUGGGAUUUUGGAAGAUUUGUAAAAACGCUGUACUUCUUCAAUGGUUUUCCAUCUCCUGCUAAGUUCUUUGACUUUCUAGUUGAGAAACUAUCUGGUCCUUCCCCAAGUGAAUCAGUUAACUCAAUGGGAACUUCUGAUAUUGUGCUCGUAGCUGGAGCUACUGGCGGCGUUGGUCGAAGAGUGGUUGACAUAUUACGGAAGAAAGGAAUUCCAGUCCGAGUAUUGGUCAGAAAUGAAGAGAAGGCAAGAAGGAUGUUAGGCUCAGAUGUUGAUUUGGUCACUGGAGAUAUUACAAAAGAUAGCACUUUGAUACCUGAAUAUUUUAAAGGAGUGAAGAAAGUGAUAAAUGCUGCUUCUGUCAUUGUUGGCCCUAAGGAAGGAGACACUCCAGAUAGAGCAAAAUAUAGCCAAGGAAUUAAGUUCUUUGAGCCGGAGAUAAAAGGUGAUUCACCAGAAAAGGUAGAGUACAUAGGAAUGAGAAAUUUAAUCAAGGCUGUGAAGGACAAUCUUGGACUUCGAAGAGGAAAGCUAUUAUUUGGAUUUGAAGGUAAUAAUUAUAGGCAGCUUCCUUGGGGUGCUUUAGAUGAUGUGGUAAUGGGCGGAGUUAGUGAAAGUACUUUUCAAAUUGACCCAACUGGGGGUGAAAAUGGCGGACCAACUGGGGUUUUUAAAGGUGUUGUUUCAACAGCAAACAAUGGUGGCUUUACAAGUAUCAGAACAAAGAAUUUCUCAGAACCUGAGAAUCUUUCUGCAUAUGAUGGUCUGGAGUUUCGCCUAAAAGGAGAUGGCCGAAGAUAUAAAGUCAUUGUUCGCACAAGCUAUGAUUGGGACACUCUUGGUUACACUGCAGGCUUUAACACUGAGAAAGGCAAAUGGCAAUCGAUUCAAGUGCCAUUUUCUUCCCUGAGGCCUGUAUUUCGAGCAAGAACUGUGCCUGAUGCUCCACCAUUUGAUCCAAGCAUCAUUGUAUCAUUGCAGCUCAUGUUCAGCAAGUUUGAGUAUGAUGGUAAAUUAAAUGAAACUUUUGUGGAAGGUCCAUUUGAGCUUCCAGUAUCAAGCAUACGGGCAUAUAUAAAGGAUCCCAUAAUGCCUAAAUUUGUACAUGUGAGCUCAGCCGGAGUUACCAGACCUGAAAGGCCUGGACUUGAUCUAAGUAAACAGCCUCCAGCAGUUCGAUUAAACAAGGAAUUGGAUUAUAUCCUCACAUUUAAACUGAAGGGUGAGGAUCUACUUAGAGAAAGUGGCAUUCCCUAUGCAAUUGUGAGGCCUUGUGCCUUAACUGAGGAGCCUGCUGGUGCUGAUCUUAUCUUUGAUCAAGGAGAUAAUAUUACGGGUAAAAUAUCACGGGAAGAAAUUGCUCGUAUUUGUGUAGCAGCACUCGAUAGCCCUUAUGCAUGUGACAAAACGUUUGAGGUCAAAAGUGUUGUUCCAUUUAGUGAGCCAUUUUCUGUGGAUCCAGCAAACCCUCCUCCAGAAAAGGAUUAUGACAUAUAUUUUAAAAAUUUGAAAGAAGGCAUUACUGGGAAGGAAGCUCUCCUACAAAAUUCUGUUUCUGUUUAGUGUUCCUGUAAUGCUGUUCAGCUAUAAACAUUGCAGAUGUGAGGAUGUUGAGAUCUGUACAUAGUCCUUGUAUCUAAAGAGAAACUUGACAAAUAUGUGAUACCUUUUAAAACUAAGUUAGACAUGAAUUUUACCUUACGAGAUGCAUGUAUAUUCUGUGUUGAUUCAUGGUUUCCUUUGCCUCAUUUAUUCUAGCAAAUAGGAAGCAAGGAAUUUUUAUGUUCAUUUAAUUUUAUAUUCAGACUGUAGGAUGACAAAACUAUAGUUUUCUUAUCUUUUUACAGUUAUUAGAGUUUCGAGCUGGAAACAUAAUUUUGGUGU